AUGAGUGCAAGAUGCCUACUACGGUCGUCUUGGCUGUCCUCGGUCGUUGUGGAGCUGUCGCAGCAGCAUUCAUCGCAGCUCGCGCCCUUUCUCGCGCCAAGCAUUCAUAAGCUCGGCAGCUUUCCCACGCGGGCUCGGUCCAUCGCACAUGCAUCUUCAUCGAGAGCCUCCCACCUUCACCGAUGUCCUCGCCGUCAUGUGACGUCCACUCCAUCAUCUCGUCUUCCUGCCCAUAAGGCGGCCAGCAACGACACGAUCUUCGCGAUUGCCACGGGCGCCGGUCGAGCGGGCGUCGCCAUCAUCCGCAUCUCUGGCCCUCUCACCUCUCGGAUUUACUUCUCCCUUUGCCGCACCUCCACCUCCAGGCCAUACCGUCGUCUACCACCAUCGCACAAGCUCGUGCUUCGCAACAUCCACCACCCCUCCACUGACGAGCUGCUCGACUCGGGCGCGGGUCUCAUCUACUUUCCACGCGGCGCUAGCUAUACAGGUGAGGAAUCGCUCGAGCUGCACAUACAUGGUGGACCCGCGACCAUCAGCGAUGUUCUCGACGCACUCGGUAGCUGGGGUAGAGGGAUUCGGAUGGCGGAACCGGGCGAAUUCACCCGGCGAGCAUUCGAGAACGGCCGGCUGGAUCUGGCGAGCGGAGAAGCGCUCGGUGGGCUGGUGAAUGCCGAGACGAGCGUCCAGAGGAAGGUGGCGCUGCAGGGGACGCAGGGACUGCAGACGAAGAGGUUCGAGGAAAUCAGAGAGACGCUGCUGGGCGCAAUGGCGAUGGUCGAGGCGCUGAUUGACUUUAGCGAUGAGGAUGGGGUGGAGGAGGGGACGUGGGCGAAGGCGAGGGAGAGGGUGGAGGCGCUGGGCGAGCUGCUGCGGAGCGAGCUUGGGAUCAGUUCGGAGCAUGAGGACACUAGAAGGACAGAGGGCAUGGGAGGGCAAGAGAACAAGCACAUUCGACACAUCGGAGAGAUCUUGACGACGGGAGUGCGGCUCGCCAUCUACGGUCCACCGAAUGCAGGCAAGAGCUCGUUGCUUAAUCGACUCGCAGAUCGCAACGCCGCCAUUGUGAGCGAUAUCCCUGGAACCACACGUGACGUUCUGCAAGUGCACCUAGACCUCGGAGGCUACAAAGUCAUCGUCUACGACACAGCAGGUAUCCGAGACGAUCCGAUUUUGGACGGCAGCAGCUCUUCACUCGAUCAAAUCGAGCGCAUCGGCAUCGACCGGGCCAAACAAGUCAUCAAAGCCGCCGACUUGGCACUCCUCGUCCUGCCCGCCAACGACCCUCACGCCUUUUCAGAGAGCAUCAUUCGACCAGAUGCAUACACCUCGACAGACCCGGACCUAAUCCUCUACAACAAGUCGGACCUGCUCCCCGACUCCCACAAGUCCGUGGCAACCUCGAACGCGCUCACCUUCACAGGCAGCGUCCGAACAAAUGAGGGCAUCUCGGACCUCAUCUCGUCCCUCGCCCGCCUCAUCUCGACCAAGUACGCACUGUCGAGCAACGAAGCUCCGCUGAUCACACAGAGCAGGCAUAGAUGUCACCUGCACGAGUGUCUGGCUCACAUUGAUGCCUUUCAGCAGAUGGCGACGGCGGCAGAGCCCGACCUCGUGCUGGCUGCUGAGGAGCUGAGGUAUGCAGCAAAGGCGGUUGGCAAGGUGACCGGCAGAGAUGUCUCGCCGGACGAGAUUCUGGGCAGCAUCUUUGCUACGUUUUGUAUCGGCAAGUGA